AUGGCUGGCUAUGGUCAUGGCCUUGAAAUCAUAAACUUGAAGGCUAGACAUCAUGAACUCAGCUUGCGGACGGCUGAAGGCCUCAACAAAGACUGGACACUGUGUCUUAGACCAGCAAUUGUUUCUGCUUUUUACGAGACAUUGUCAAAAACAUAUAUUGCUAUUCCAUAUGGUCCUACCCGCAUUUGGAACUGUGAUGAAACAAGAGUUAUGACCGACAUAAAUGGGGCAAUGAAGGUGCUUGCGAUGAAAGGAAGCCAGAAUGUGUCUUAUAUAGUUCCAAAGAGCCGUGAGUGGAUCACAAUUCUUUGUUGCGUUAAUGCUUCUGGACAAAGAAUUAUAGGGUUCUACAUGUUCAAAGGCAAGAGGCAGUUACAGAACUACAUAGCUAAAUGCGAACUUGGUGCUUGCAUGGCAGCACAACAACAUGCAUGGAUGACCAAGGAACUAUUUAUGAAUUGGUUGCACCACUUCGAGCGCUUUGUCCCUAGGGGUGUAUCACCAACGAAUAGGUGCUUGUUGAUAUUUGACAGCCACAACAACCAUGUUGCAUUGCCAACCAUCCAGGAGGCAAGGAUGUUGGGCAUAAACUUGCCGACAUUGCCAGCUCACACAUCUCACAAAUUUCAGCCACUUGAUGACGGGGAUAUACCCCUCAAUCCCGAUGCCCUCACCCAAGAAAUGCAACCCAACACCACAUUCCACAUUAAUGAUGGGGAAGAUGCAUCUGCCCAGAAGUGGUUGCGGAAAACAUUGCAACCAUUCGUCAAACGGAUUCAACUGCACAAGUUGACAUGGAACAGGAAGACACCAACAUCGAUGAAGCUGCAGUUGACACUUUGGAUGAGAGUCUUGGCCUUCCAUUUGAGCGAAUUGCACCAUCUAGGUGGUGGAAGGGGCGACGAAUCUCGGUGUUGA